ACAAUCACGGCUUGUUUUGGUUGUUUUGCUUAACGCCGCGUUGCCGUUUUCGUAUUUUGGCCCACACGGGACGCCGUAGUAGUCGGAAAGAUGGCGACCGCAGCGCUGGUUCGCCGUCCUGCCAGUGUCCUUCCAAAGAUUUCCAGUAGCUGCUCCGCUGCUGUUUUGUCAGCCGCCUCCAUCUCGACAGGUCAGCAGAGGAAGCUGCACAAUGUGGUCAUCUCCAAAGGGAAAGGAGGGCGCUCCUCUUCCAGCGGAAUAGCGGCCACAGUGUUCGGUGCCACGGGGUUCCUGGGUCGAUAUGUCGUCAAUAGGCUGGGUCGGAUUGGCUCUCAGGUUGUAAUCCCUCACCGCUCUGACCAGUAUGACAUGAUGUACUUCAAGCCCAUGGGUGAUCUGGGACAAAUCCUUUUCAUGGAGUGGGACGCCAGGGACAAAGACUCCAUCAGACGGGCUAUGGAGCACUCGAAUGUGGUCAUCAACCUGGUGGGCCGAGAGUGGGAGACGAGGAACUUUCGCUAUGAGGAUGUCUUCGUUUCCAUCCCUCAGCAGAUCGCCAAGGCAGCAAGGGAGGCGGGCAUCGAGAAGUUCGUCCACAUGUCUCACCUCAACGCCGACAUACGCAGCCAAUCUAAGUACCUGAGGAACAAGGCUGUAGGCGAGAGCGCAGUUAGAGACGAGUUCCCUGACGCCAUCAUCAUGAAGCCUUCUGAGAUCUUCGGCAGGGAGGACCGAUUCUUCAACUACUACGCAAACAUGCGCUGGUUCGGCAACGCUGUUCCACUCAUCGCCCUGGGGAAGAAGACGGUGAAACAGCCUGUUCAUGUGGUGGACGUGGCCAAGGCGAUCAUAAACGCCGUGCGAGACCCUGACACCAACGGAAAGACCUACGCGAUAGUCGGCCCCAACCGUUACCUCCUUCAUGACCUGGUGGAGUACAUCUACGCCGUGGCACAUAGGCCUUUUAUGCCCUACCCAUUGCCCCGUCCACUCUAUCUUUUUGCUGCAAAGUUUUUUGCAAUGAACCCUUUUGAGCCUUGGACAAGCCCGGACAAAGUCGACAGGUUUCACAUAACAGACAUGAAGUACCCAGGACUUCCUGGUCUGGAGGAUCUUGGAAUCACUCCUUCGUCUGUGGAGCAAAAGGCGAUCGAGAUUCUGCGUCGCCACCGCCGAUACCGUUACCUGGAGGCCGACCUGGACGACGCCAAGCCGGCAAACACCGUCAACUAUUAAUCCACCCGAUGAGAAAUGUCGCUGUCGAUCAGGCAGUCAGAGGAUGUCAGUACCUCUGCUUUGCCCCUUUUGUCAGUAGCUGUAUUCUGUACAUAAAUUAAAAAAAGAAAAUUAUCCUUU